UUUGAAGCUUCAGCAGCAUACAUGAACUCCAGCCAUCUCUACAGCAGCAACAGCACCAACUCCACAACCAACAUCACCAGCAUCACCUACUUCCCUUACUACCAGCACUCUCUCCCUGUGGCUGCCAGCUUCAUAUUGGCCUAUCUCUUUAUCUUCCUGCUGUGUAUGGUGGGAAAUGGUCUGGUGUGCCUAAUUGUGCUGAGGAACCGCCGCAUGCGCACGGUCACCAACCUUUUCAUCCUCAACCUGGCAGUCAGCGACCUGCUUGUGGGCAUCUUCUGCAUACCCACCACACUUGUUGACAACCUCAUCACAGGUUGGCCGUUCUCCAACGCAGUAUGCAAGAUGAGUGGCCUGGUGCAGGGAAUGUCAGUAUCAGCCUCUGUCUUCACCCUGGUGGCCAUUGCUGUGGAUCGGUUCCGCUGCAUUGUUUACCCUUUCAAGGCUAAAUUAACUUUGCUGGUGGCUAAAGCAACCAUAGUGCUUAUUUGGGUCCUGGCACUGAUGAUCAUGUGUCCUUCGGCUGUGAUGUUGACUGUAGAGCAGGUGAAGGACCACUACAUGGUCCACAAUGAGGACUACAAUCAGACCUACCCUCUAUACUCCUGCUAUGAGAACUGGCCUGACCCAGAAAUGCGAAAAGUCUACACCACUGUGCUCUUUGCUCACAUCUACCUUGCACCCCUUACCCUCAUCACCCUAAUGUACAGCCGAAUUGGGGUCAAGCUUUACACCACCUCUGUCCUCUCUGGAGCUGAGCACCCUGAGACUGCACCAUCCCGUCCAGCGCCUCCUGGUGGUCAUCAGGAAGGGAGGCCGCUCAUAUCUCAUAAGAAGGUGAAGGUGAUCAAAAUGUUGAUCGUGGUGGCCUUACUAUUUAUGUUGUCCUGGCUGCCGCUGUGGACCCUCAUGCUGCUGACGGACUACGGGGGCCUCGAGGGGGAGCAACUGGAACUCCUGACGGGUUACAUCUUCCCCUUUGCCCACUGGCUGGCCUUCUCCAACUCCAGCGUCAACCCCAUCAUCUACGGCUACUACAAUGAGAAUUUCAAGAGGGGGUUCCAGGCGGUCUGCCAGCCUUACUCCAGCUCCUGCUGCGGCUGGGGAGGUCAGAGGGCAGGAGUGAGGAGUGCAACAGAAGGCAGAGCAGAAGGGGGGCCCAGCAGGGCCUGCGCUCCCCGAGAUAUCGUCAUGAAUUCCAACCCACUCACCUUCGGGGCAAGGAACAGGGUGUACACUGAUGGUGAUCUGACUGAGUCUGUACGUCUGGAGCUGGAGUGGAGGAAGAGCGUGGGUGUGGGUAGCUCCAUUUAUGUGGACGGGGGAGGUUCAAGAGCGGGGGGCAGGGUGGGGGUAGUAUUGAACAAAAGGGGGAUUCAGAUGGAGGACACUGAAAAGAUCACUCCAGUAGGAGCUGGUGUUGGUCAGGCCUGGGACCUUUAA